GUCGGCAAAAAGCUGGAAAGCAGUAUAAAUACAGCCUUUGUUCUCUAGGUGGUAUGUUGCUUUGUACUGAAUAAUCUACCGUAGCCUCAUUGUACUUCUUGUCCACGACGGCUUAAUUUCAGCUAUAAAAGCUUCAGCUUGAACAUCACUGACUUUCACCAACGACGUCUGAAAUUUGACCAUGGCGCCAUCUACGCGUGCUCGAAGCGCUAACAACACGCCUGUCAAAGGCCAGGAUACAUUCGUCUCAGAACUCGACACUCUCGCUACUCCUACUCGCAAGAUUCCUCACUGCUCUAAAUGUAAACGUCCAAGAGCCGGUCAUCCUCGCUCAGGCUGUCCUUUCGUUACCCCGACCGACGAAAACGGGUCGGACAGGAGCAGUACCAAUCUCACGGACGCAUUGGGCUCCAUGACCCUCGAUGGCCAGGAAACACCUCCCAAAACUCCUGCUCGGCGAACAGGUAGGCGUUCUCUAGGUCCUGCUCCUCCAAGCGUACCUGUGGAAUUCGAAGAUACGAAACAAGUGAUCAGAGAGCGACGAAGAUCGGAAAAGGCUACAACACUUGCUCAUUCACAGACUCUGCAGUCUCUUUCUGACUCGGAUCUCGAGGCGCUGCUACUUCCAGCUGAUACAGAUGUUUCUGAUGAUGGGAAGGGCGGCGAAGCAGGAGAGGAAGAUCAGAACAUAGUUCAUUGGAAGGACAGAAUCGGGAUGCUUUCGGCUGGUGGAGGUAUACCGACAAGAGCGAUCAUGCCGGGUACCCUCGUUACUCCUUCUCCCUGGAGCAGCUUUGCUUCUAUUCCAGAGGAAAACAAAGAUGGUAUCUUACGAACGAGUUCCCCGUCCAAUGCGUCCUCUUCGAGCACUGAAACCAUCAGCGUUGAAGUUGUAUCGCCGUCGUCUACGACCGCUCCCCGCCCUCUUGCUCGUACUAUGUCUAUGGAGGAACGUGCUGGCUUCAUAGCUCAUCUGGAAGAACUUUCCUCAGCUAAAGCGUACGUGUUGAGCAGAGCCGACUUGACAGAGCUCCGAGGUCGCGCACCUAAAGGCUUGUAUACAAGGUUUUUGAUGGAUGAGGAAGCAGGUCGUAAUGUUCUCGUCGUAGGCCGCGAUGAGGUGGAUACGGAAAGAUUGUAUCAGACGCUGGAUGCUGAGAAGCAGCAGGCAAUGUAUGCGACUCGAGGUGUUAGUAUGAAAUCUGCUGCUGGAGGUGCUGUAGUCGGGGCAGUAGCUACAUUCACUGGAUUGGCGUUCGCUUAAGUAUUCGCUCUUUCAACUUGCAUGCUGUAACUUACGACCUGUAUGGUCCAAUAUACUGAAAUUUCAUGUACUGUAAAA